UGCAAGCGAAAGUCUCCGACACAGUCGAUGAAUAAUUUGCGAUAACGAAAGUAAUACUCUCGAAAUUUUCCUCGGCUCGAGACGACCAUAAGCAGAUCUCCGAGCCUCGAUUUUACAGAACCGAUGACGAACUGUACCGCGGCUAAUACCCACAUACCGUACCUAGUAGACCAUGACGGACUUUAUUCAAUGGACUCGAGUGCUCCAGCUCGUCAACCUACUAGGCGUCACUCAUCUCGCCGGCUACCAAUUCGGGACAGACAAAAUUGCCAUGCACAGCAUCCUCAAACUCAAUGACAAGGACACCCUCGUAAAGCUCUGGUUCCGAGGCUGGGACUUUGGCCGAGUGUACGGCCCCGCAAUGGUUGUCGGCACGGCCGCCGUUUUUGGCUUCCUGGCAUGGAACGACGGCAUCGCAAGUCCCGCGUUCCCCUUCAACCUCGCCGCCGGACUCCUCAUGGGGGCCGUGGGCCCAUACACGCAGUUCAGGAUCUUCCCCGUCAACGACAAGCUUUUGGAGGAGCAUCGAAUUGUUAUCAAGGCGGAGAAGACGGACGAGCGAUCAGAGGGGGCGAGUCUCGACAUUCAUCGACAACUCCUCGCCUAUCUUGCUGCCGGGGCUGGCUUGAUUGCUGUUCUCAGGUCUUGAGGGUGCUGUUGAACAUAUUGACGACUGCAGACAUAGUACGACCAUGGAAAGAGUUGAGACGAUGUUGUACGGUUUUGAAUUACGACGGACGAAGUCUUCCGAAUACGAACAGAUACGAUUAGUACGAACGGAUACGGAAAUGCACCAUUCAUUCAGCACGAAAGCCCCCCGAUCCUGUUCAUUUGGAAAGAAUAGUUGAACAAAGAAGUGAUCUGGUACACAACGAUAUGUUCAAACUUCGGAAAUAGAUUGAUUCAAAUUCGUGGUCACAAACUUCUGGUACUGCCAACUUCCUCGAAUCCCUCAUACGCCGAUGAAGGUCUGAAUUCGAAGAACCCUCGGUUGACCUUCGAGGUUCAGCGAAAGCGAUGCGAAAUACCGACGAGUCUCAUAUGCCCAAUUCGCAGACAAUGAUUCAAGAAAUCAUAGAUUGGUGUUGACUGUCGCGCGUUUCCAUUCUGUGAAGCCGUCCACAUGAGUAG